AUGACGCCAUCAGAUUGCGAACAAUUGGACCACCUUCAGACCGAGGUGCGCAGUGCCUAUGCACACUCAAUCGAUUCUCUUGAUACUUUAGACCUCUGUACCGCCUUCAAUCAUGAGGAGUCACGAGUAUCUUCCUCAGUCGCGUGCUGUCUACCGGCAGUUGCAUCCUUUGUUGACGAAUUAGUGCCUCGGUUGCGCGCCGGUGGAAGAUUGAUCUACGUGGGAGCUGGCAACAGCGGCCGAGUAGCGAUGAUGGACUGUGCUGAGAUCCCGGUCACCUUUUCAACCGAUGAGGGUCAAUUUAUCGCUCUCGUAGCAGGGGGUGAACAAACAGCUACCAAAGCGCAAGAAGGAGCGGAAGAUGCCGAGGAAGACGGAACCGCGCAACUCCAAGCCUUGAAUCUUACUGUCAAAGACGUUGUUCUCGGUAUUUCGGCAUCUGGUCGCACACCAUUUGUUCUCGGGGCUCUCAAAUUCGCGCUUCAAACCGGGACACUGACGGCAAGCAUUACGAACACGUCGCCGUCCGCGAUUGAUAGCCUCGGGGUCGAUUAUCCACUAGUUGCCUUGCUAGGCCCGGAAUUCAUUGCAGGGAGUACUCGGCUCAAGGCUGGAAGUGCAGCCAAACAAAUUUUGAACAUGAUCAGUACUUGUUCAAUGAUGAAGCUUGGGAAGACAUAUGGAGGUCUUAUGGUUGACCUUCGAGUCGGAAACCACAAGCUUCAAGCCCGAGGUCGAAGAAUCGUACGUCAGGUCUGCAAAGAGACUAUGGUACUCCAUUCGACAAGAGGACUCGUUCUUCCAACCGAGAUUCUAAAGAACUUCCAUCAAAUACAGAACGAUGACGCAGCAAACACCCUGAUUGCCAGAUGCGAUGGGAGCGUGAAACUUGCCUGCGCCGUGGCUGUUACGGAUCUUUCCCCGAGUGAAGCAAAUACACAACUACAAAGCGUCGAUGGCGAUUUGAAGGCUUUUGUUGCAAAGCAUCUAAACUCGACUUACAUCCACGGAAAUAAUGCCUCAGUCGAAGUCGAUGGUGAUGAUCCGGAAUAUUUUCUAUGCAUCGAUGGUGGAGGAACCAAAUGCGCUGUAUCAAUUGCCACUAAAUCAGGUGUUGUCUCUCGUGGCUAUGCCGGCCCCUGCAACUUCAAUACCGUGGCUACAGAGGAGCUCGUAGGCCAGGCCAAAAAAGCCACGAUGGAAGCUGUGAGGCUUUUACCGCGGAGGCGACAUUCCUAUCUCACCAAUUACCCCCGAUUCAGCAAACUAUGGGCCGGAAUUGCAGGCAUACACCAUGCCGAGAAGUUGAACGUACUCAUCAAUCGUCUUGAAAGGGCGUUUGGCGUUUCGAUGGAGAGCGGUACGCUCCGAUUGACAAGUGACGGUGCACUCCUUGGCGCGUGCAUCGAGGGCGAUGCCUCUGUUAAAACAGGCAUCAGUCUCAUAUCAGGCACAGGCUCCGUAGCCACUGCUUUCAGAAAGGACUCCGACGGCCAUGUCGUCGAAGUUCGUCGGACAGGCGGGUGGGGCCAUCUUAUCGGAGACGAUGGAAGCGCUUUUUAUAUUGGCAAAAAGGCUUUGCAAGCCCUGCUGACAAGCAUCGAUUCCAGCGAAGCUGACGAGAGCUGCUUGAGUGAAAUGGAGGGGGAAGUCCUGGCCCAUUUCGGCUGCACCAAAAAUGCCGUGCUAUCUCGCCUCCUUUAUUCUGGAAAAAAUCCGAAGAGCGACAUCAGCCAUCUUGCAAAGAUUGUGACAAGGCUGGCUUUUCGUGACAAAGACCCUAAUCUCCAGGCUCUUGAAAUUCUCAAUUCUGCAGCCAGCUCGCUAGCUCAACUCAUUCAGCCGCUGACUGUUACCUGCCCUCCAGCCAGAAGCGUGUUGAUCCUUUCUGGAGCACUAAUGGGCGUGUCGAAAUUCAGAGUAUUGCUGCAUGAACAGCUUUCCUUGGCUCAUGUUGCUGCUUUUAAGGAAGUAAUUUCCAUAGAGAGUGCAUCUGAUUCUGCUGUGGAGCUUUUGGCUGCACAAGCGGCCUAG